GAAAUGCGGACUAGUUACAAGAUGGAAGGGUUUCCUCUAAAUUUCGCCCAUCAGAAAGAGAGGAAAGCAGAACAUUUAGUUGCACAGGGAAAGCUUGUUGAUGCUGUUAGUUGCUAUCGUCAAGCAGCAGAGUAUUUAACAAAGAGUAUGCAGCAGACCGACGAUCCCAUUGCUCUGCAGUCGUUAAGGCUCCAGCACGACAAUUACCUGCAUCAAGGACAGUUGCUAAAUAACAAGGCAGCUAUGCAGAACGAUGGACAUAGCCAGGACACAUCCAGCAAGGACAGUGGCCCCUAUUCGAUUCCAGAAGUCCUUCACGCGCUCACCAGCUUACAAGAGAACGACACACUCCUAGCCUUCUUGGAACGAAGAUGUUCGGAAGAUUCUGAGCAGCUGGAUGACGGUAAGAGCGGUAAGUCGCAGGACGAAAUCGUGCGGUCGGCGAUAAAGACGCCGAAGACCGAUCCCACGGUCAUCGAAGAGUUGAAGACGAAUAACGAAGCGUUGAAGAAGUUUAUCGACGAACUGGCGAAACAGCUGGAGAAGAGCGAGCAGGAAAAGAGCAACCUCAGAAUGCAGUUAGAGGAUGUGGAGAGCAGCAACCGAACUCUGUCGCUCAUGGUAAAGGAAAUGGGUGCACAUAUUAAGAGGUUGGAGAAGACGACACUGAAGUCGCUGUGCAACUCGAAUGGCAGCAGUCUAGGCAGUAGUGAUUCAAAAGCGAGAGCAGAGAUAGCCGAGUCUGCUAACUCUCUGGUCGACGUUGGGCUGCCACAACUUGCUCCCCUCGAAAUGCCACAGUUUGAUUUUAACGUUAUAGACAGUCACUCUAAUAAAAGAAUGUAUAGGUACGUUAAGCCAGUUAAGGAACAACAUCCGUUGUUACCUAAAGUACCGGUAAAUGCCGACCGUGGACUGGAGCCGGCAAGUGUAAGGGCAGCUAAUGAAGAGGUCAUUGCAGCAGGAUUACCUAACGUUAGUGGCGAUGGAGCUGAUCAUGGGACUGUUGGCAAUGUUGGGAAAAAGCGCCGUGUCAUGUAUAAUGCCUACUCUCCAGAACUUCGCGCUAAGAUAGGACGGUAUGCAGCCCGAAACGGAACUGCAGCGGCAUGUAGGAAGUUCUCCCUGGAGAUUGGUGCGCCUGUAAAUGAAAGCACCGUGCGUGGCAUGCGAUCGGCUUACUUAACAAAAAUCGAGGAAAAUUCACAACAGGAGGUUGAUCGGCUUCCACUACACGAGCGUGGGCGGCCUCCAUUGUUGGGAAAAUAUGAUGAUGAUGUGAAGGCUUACAUUCGGGGAAUCCGUCAGGCUGGAGGAGCCGUAUCGCCUAAAGUUGUAUUAGCGGGCACGAAGGGUCUGCUAAAGAACACAAAGCCCCCCAUCUUAGCAGAAUACGGAGGUAACAUUCACCUCGACAAGACGUGGGCGAGAUCUUUCUUGGAUCGGAUGGGUUACAGUAAACGGAAAGGCACCAAAGGUGUCAAGACAAGGCCCGAGGACUUUGAACUUGUCGGUGGGAGGUUUUGGCGAAGGAUUGGUCAUCGUGUGCGAAAGUAUGACAUUCCGGAUGAACUCAUAUUGAACUGGGACCAGACAGGUGUUAAUGUCGUUCCUGGAGGUCAGUGGACCAUGGAGCUUAAAGGUGAAUGGCAGGUGCCCUUACAAGGCAUUGACGACAAGCGGCAAUACACGGUGCUUCUUGCCUGUUCACUUGCCGGAGACUUUUUGCCCCCGCAGGUGAUCUAUCCAGGCAAAACGCAACAGUGUCACCCUGCGGUAGAGUUCCCCCCGGAAUGGGAUGUGUGGCACACUGAGUCACAUCGGUCCACUACCGAUUCAAUGAUUCGUUACAUUGAUAACGUCAUUGAGCCGUAUGUUAAGAGCACCCAAGAGCGUCUUCAGACAACAUCGCCACCGCUACUGAUUUGCGAUGUUUCUCGUGCUCACACAUGUGAGGAGGUGCGGGCACGUAUUGCUGAGAUGGGAGCGCUGCUUGUCUAUGUGCCUGCUGCCUGUACUGACUUGUUGCAACCACUCGACGCAACUGUCAAUAACCGCUACAAACAGGAGCUCAAUGCUCAGUUCAACGAAUGGUAUGCGGAAAAGGUCGCACAAGGCAUCUGGGAAGGCAGAGAAAUCGCAGACAUCGCGAAGGGUAUCGACUUGAGAACAGCAGCCAUAAAGCCAAUCCAUGCUAACUGGCUUAUGAGAGUCCACGAUGUCCUUCGUCGCGAUCGGGAGAUCGUAAUCAAGGGAUGGGAGUCGACCAAAAUCUUAGACGCCGUCAGAGAAAGCAGAAAUGCGCCAGUUCCUGACUUGGACGAUUCUGACGCAGAAGGGGUGUAAGAGUUCACCUAUCAACAGCAUUGUAAAUAUGUCCAUCAUUCAUUGUUGUCGUUGCUGUUGCUGUCAGAAUUGCAUUCUACUUUUUAAACAAAUGCGUCAAGACUAUUGGAUGUGUUUAGAACGAUUUUGUUUGUCUAGCUUCUCUAAAUAACAUCUGACCAUGUGUAUGAAGGACAGAGGAAAAACCCAUUACAUAAUGACUGGUACUAGAGUCUAUAGUGUAAACUGUGAACAAUGGAUGAAGCCUUGGUCUUAUCAAAGUAAGGAGGCGGUCUAGAUCUACAUGCUGAUUACUUACAUCAUUACACUGAGAAACUUUGGAUCAGAUGCAAUGUGCUGUAACCUGUAUCAGCUCAUGUAAGUACGAAAUGUCAUUAAUUAUUUUCUACAUGUAAUAUAUUCUUUAAAUAUGUUGUAAUGUUUUUGUCAAUAGAUGACGCAAGUUGCGUCUUGAGAGCCGACGUAAAGGCCCCCGCACACGGUGCGGUCUGGCGUGCGCCGUUGGCACGCGUGCGCAAAAUAUCUAUAUCGUGUUAGAUUUUUCUGGCUCAGCUCCGUUGGCGCGCGCCGAAUGGGCACCGUGUGCGUGGGCCUUAACACGCAGCACAUGUUGCUUAUGUCCUGCACUGCAGUAAUCAAUGGGGUACAAUAGCGUAGCAUGUUGUAGUUGCAGCAGUGUGUCAGCGAAGGGAAAGCGCCAUUGCCAGUGCGGAUACAAACUCGAACGAUUUCAGUUGUGUGGACGCUGUGCUUGCCAAAGAAUUAAAUCACAAAUAAUGAAGAAA